CUUUUAGAGGUCUACAAUAAUGCCUGUUUAGUGAAUGAAUGUCAACGUUCCGAUAUCCAGUUUUCAUUUGGAUAAAUCCACAUACCUGUCUUAAAAAAUACAACAUUAUGUUACCAUAAGUAUGUUUUUAGUAUUUCAUAGGAGUGUGUCUGAUACUGAAAAACGACCAGGGACCAGUCACAUGUUUGGACAGCUGUAAUCAGAACUUUGACCUCAAGUCUACAAAUGUACCUCGCACGGCAAUCAUAAAAUCACUAAAGUGUUUUAGUGAGAUUGUAAAGACAUACCUCGAGGUCGGAUGGCUGCGGUGAACACGCGGUGUCUCAAAGAGAAGCUGAGGAGCCAAGCUCACAGCUGCCUUUUUUGACAGCUGCUGCAGGACGACGAAUAAUCCAAUGAUGUCUCCGAUCAUGACUGAAGAGGCUUUUGAUGUGAUUGUCGUUGGCUCCUGUAUGACUGAUUUGGUGAGCCAGGCAUCAAGGCUACCUAAGGAAGGGGAAACCAUCCAUGGUCACAAUUUCUUCAUUGGCUUUGGAGGAAAAGGGGCCAACCAAUGCAUACAGGCUGCAAGACUGGGGGCUAAAACGGCCAUGGUUGCUAAGGUCGGGAAAGACUUCUUCGGAGACAAUUAUAUCCAGAAUUUCAAGGACAAUAGCGUGCACACUGGCUUUGUUGAACAGACCCCUGAUGCAGCCACAGGAGUUGCCUCCAUUAUUGUCAACGAUGCAGGUCAGAAUGCCAUUGUGAUUGUGGCCGGUGCCAACAUGCUGCUAAGUGUGGAGAAGCUGCAGGAGGCUCUUCCAGCUGUCAGUCGUACGAAAGUACUGGUUUGCCAGUUAGAGAUCUCCCCCCAAACAUCUUUGCAGGCUUUGCGCAUGGCUCAAGAGAACAAAGUUAAAACCAUAUUCAACCCUGCACCAGCUAUCCCUGACUUGGAUCCUGACUUCUACCGAUUCUCUGAUGUGUUUUGCUGCAAUGAGUCUGAGGCUGAGUUGCUGACAGGUUUGUCAGUAAAUAAGGUGGAGGAGGCGCAUCAGGCCGGCCGGGAGCUGCUGAGGCGAGGAUGUGGCGCAGUCAUUAUCACCUUGGGAGCCCAAGGAUGUGUGGUGCUUGACGUGCAGGAUCCCUCUUCUAAACAUGUUCCAACUCCGGCAGUCACAGCAGUGGACACCACAGGUGCAGGAGACAGCUUCAUCGGAGCACUGGCAUUUUACAUGGCUCAUUAUCCCACGAUGCAACUGGAGGAGGCGGCCCGCAGAGCAGGUCAAGUGGCAGGAGCCAGCGUGCAGGCCAUGGGCACGCAGACCUCUUUUCCACACAGACAGGACUUAGCAGCUCAGCUCUUUUAAGAGCAGCUAUGCAGAUAUGCAUCAAGGGGUCUGAACUGGACCUAAACAUGCCUUUUUUUUGUCUUAUGAGCCAUUUAAACAAAUAUUGAAGGACCAAUAAUGUUGUUUCCAGAGCAUACAGAGUAAGAUUAUUAUGAUGUGGCACAAGCUGAAGUAACACACAAGUGUUACUUGUAGCAGUGACUUACUCUGUGGAACAAUAAAAGCAUGACUGGUGAUGAUGGCACACCAAGCGAAUAAAAAUAUCACAUUAA